AUGGCGACCUUCUUGACUCAAUCACCGCCACAACCUGGCGACGGCACCUUCCUCACACAGACGAUCAACGAGAAGUUGCGCCGCGCUCGUAGGCGACAACGCGGCAAGAAGCCAAUGAAGCUGUCGUUUCUGCCGCAGGAUGCUCACUCGAUCGCUGAUGAAGAGGAAGCAUCCGAGUUGCAACAUUUUAGCAAGACCAUUCCGAGUUUCCUCGACAGGGAAGGAGACAUCGACAAUAGGCGAACAAUCUCGGACAAUACGUUCUUAGCGCCUCGGGCCGAAGCCGUUCUCGACGCAUAUGACACACCAGAGCACUUCACUUUCCUUCACCACCCACAACCACUUCGGCAAAUACCAAACUUCGUGACCAUGCCUGCACGUUAUGACUAUGGCUCCAAUGCCUCGACGACGGUCAAGGCGAGCAUUCCGCCACACCUCAGAGCGAAACAUGCUGCCGAAGCCCAAUGUCGCAGUAAGACUGAUAACGCUGCGCUUCUGGAGAAGCUCCAAGCACUUGGUGCCAAGGUCGGCAGCCCGAAGGCGGUGACCAAGUCAGCAGGCGAGCAGUUUGACGCCUUGGUCUCACCGCGGAAUGCAGAGUCAGCGCCCGUUUCCCAGGGCUCGGACCUGUCUGGCCGUGGUCGCGGACACGGUGGGGGGCGAGGUGGUACGCAAGGUAAAGCUUGGGAUCGUCGAGACUCCAAGCAUAUCAGUGAGAGCUUCGUGAAGGCCAAAGAUCACACGGGCACUGGACCCAGUACUACUUGGGAGCCACGAAGAGGCGCCGACGCAGCCGCCAGGAACUCGCAGUGGCCCAGUCGCAAGGACUUCCCCGAUCCACCCCCAGACCGUUGGAAGACCGAUUGGGCGGGCACCAAUCGCAACAGCUGGGACAGCACCACCAUUGAAUCCGGACGUGCUUCGAGUGGUUGGGGCACCAAGCAGAAGAAACGUGAUGCUCGCCAAGCAGGUGUGCCCCUGACCGGCUUCGAUGGCAACUUCGCACCACCACCAGUGGACUGGGACUGCAGACCUGCCUUCCGCGACGGACAGACAUACGAUCAGAUCAUGCAGUGGAUGGCAGGCAUCGAAACCUUGCUUUGUGGGAUCACUCGCCGCGUGCCCAUCGAAGAAGUCACUGCUGGAGAUGGCAUCACCUACGUCUUCAGCGUGCCAGGAGCGAAUCAAAGUUCAACUCAGAACGACACAAGGAAGCAGAUGGGAGAAAUUGCGCCUCAACACUGGGUGCCAGUGACUCUCGGUAGGAAGGCUCCUGGCUCGUUUUGGGACGAGGUCAUGCCUGAGGAACCGCGACCCUGCGAUCCCGAGGAUCUGGUCGGAGCCCGCCCUUGGUGGGAGAAGCAUGUCAAGGCUGUCGACCCUGAGAACAAUAAGCUGCAUUUCCUCAAAGAUGUCGAGGCUCCUGCUGAGCUUGGCGUGGACCCAAACGAAGAGGACGCCGAUCAGAAGCUCAAGCGAAAACACGAUCUUGGCAGUCUCACGCACGCCGAGAAUCGCAUUCGUUUGGAGAUCGCGCGCAAAGAUGCCAAACUCGCAAAGCAAAGGAAAGCCGCCGCGAAGCAAGAGCGAUUGACAGCCGUGAUCGACAACAUGGACCACCACCGCAUCAAAACUGGCGUCAGUCUCUUCGUCCGAGCCGCGAGAAAAGAAGACAUGGCUGCUAUCACAGAGAUAUACAAUUACUACAUCACCAGUACCUGCUCGACCCCGGAACUCGACCGCCGUACCAAAGAGAAUAUGCACCAACGCUGGCAGGAUGUGCGUCUAAAUCGCAUGCCGUACCUCGUCGCUUGUGAGCGUGGCGGUGUCAUCAAAGCCAGGAACAACAAGAAGAAGAAGUCCGUCCGCACCAUGCGUGGUGACGAUGAGGACGUGAUUCUUCCUGACAAAAUCAUUGGCUUCGCCUUCGCCGACGACUUCAACGACUUGAAAGGCAUGUACCGCUUCACCGCCGAGAUGGAAGUCUACGUCCACAACGACUACUACAUGAAAGGUGUGGGCAAGUGUUUGCUCGAUAAGCUCAUGGGACUGUUGGACGGACACUACCUCGAGCGGGGAGGGUAUGAUGCUGUGGGCGAGGACAUCGAUGGUACGGGACAGCAGAGAGUGGUGAAGAACAUUGUGGUGCAUCUGUCGUAUGACAAGCCGGAGAAGUUGGAGUGGGUUGGGAAGUGGUUGGAGGGAUGGUUGCAGUUCCGCAAGGUGGGACAGUUGGAAGGUAUUGGAACGAAGAAUGGCAAGGCUGUGAGCAUGGCCAUCUUCCAGCGCGAGACAGGCGAGCCGCUCAAUCACGCCAACCCACCGAUCAUGAUGGAGUAUCCGACGACCGUUGGAUGA